GUCGGCAGCAGAUGGUGGGCACGGCCCGAGGUUACGGCGGGGAGAGCGAAGGGAUGCGCGCAGCGCGCACCGCCCGGCUCUAGCUCCGCGCCCGCUCCGCUCCCCCGAUGAGCCGCCCCGCGUCCCUCCUGCCGGCCGCCCGCUGCCGCAGCGCCCCGGCCAAGCGCCUGCAGCCCCUCCACGACGGCCCCGCCGAGGAAGCGCCGGCCGCCAAGUGCCCUCGCCUCGCCGACUGCGGACCCCCGGACUGCCUGAGCGCUCCCGGGUCGCCGUGUGCCCCCGCCUCUCCCGCCGGCGGCGGGGGGACGGCGGGUCCCAGCCUGAUCGCCUCGUACCUGCUGCUGCCGCUGGCCGAGCGGGAGCAGGUGUCCCGGGCGCUGAGCGUCAGCUCGGGCCGGGAGCUGCGCUGCAAGGUGUUCCCCCUCAAACACUACCAGGACAAGAUCCGACCUUACAUUCAGCUGCCGUCACACAGAAACAUCACCGGGGUCGUCGAAGUCAUCCUCGGGGACACCAAGGCCUAUGUAUUCUUUGAAAAGGACUUUGGGGACAUGCACUCCUAUGUGAGGAGCUGCAAGAGGCUGAGGGAAGAGGAGGCUGCCCGGCUGUUCAAGCAGAUCGUCUCUGCUGUAGCUCACUGCCACCAGUCAGCCAUUGUACUUGGUGACCUCAAGCUCAGGAAAUUUGUCUUCUCUAAUGAAGAAAGGACUCAGCUGCGUCUGGAGAGCCUGGAAGACACGCACAUCAUCAAAGGCGAAGAUGAUGCGCUCUCAGACAAGCACGGCUGCCCGGCGUACGUCAGUCCUGAGAUCCUAAACACGACAGGGACUUACUCCGGAAAAUCGGCUGAUGUGUGGAGUUUGGGAGUGAUGCUCUAUACCCUGCUGGUGGGACGCUACCCUUUCCAUGACUCGGACCCUAGCACUCUGUUUUCCAAAAUCCGGCGUGGACAGUUCUGUAUUCCUGACCACGUCUCCCCCAAAGCCCGAUGCCUCAUCCGCAGUCUCCUGCGGCGGGAGCCCUCCGAAAGACUCACUGCUCCAGAGAUCUUGCUUCACCCUUGGUUCGAGGCAGUCUUGGAGCCUGGAUAUACAGACCAGGAGACGGGAACUUCGGAUCAGAUUGUUCCAGAAUACCAUGGAGACAGUGAUGAUAUUAGUUCCUUCUUCUGCUAACCCCAAAAUCUCAAAAACCUUGUCAGUUCCCACCUCCGCCGUCUUCGUAGGGUUUCAUUUUUCCACGUGUGCAAACUCAGCAGCAUCUUAAAGUGCCAGUAUGGUCAGAAAAGUGACCUUGUUUAAAUGAACACCAACCUGGAGAUCUCUGCUUCCUGAGCAUACUCAAGGUUCCAUCCUCUUGCCCUGCUGGUCGGUCUGUCCAGAGGACCUGUGCAGCUUUGUGAGAACUGUCUGGCUCCCCCGUCCUCCGUCGGUGUAAAACUGGUUGCAUCUUGGCCGCAGAGUCUUACGGCUGGCAAGGAGUGGGAUGGAAAGGCAGCCCCUUCUGCUCUCCUGUGAUGGCUGCAGAGGUGUGGAGCCCUGGCCACGAUGUGUAGGGGCUGGGGGCACGAGGUAUGCCUCUACCUGAGCAAAUCUGACAGAAAUGGUGAGAAGGGGAAUCACCUCGGCGUGCCACACCAGCCAGCUCACAAAGCAGCUCUCUGACUGUAAGAACACAUUAAUGAGGGAAGGAGGUCUUCACCCCCCACGGCCAGCUGUCUGCUCACUGCUGCUCCUCCAGCUGAUCUUGCUUUCAGGGGCAUGAAGCUCCUAGAUCCACCUCUAAGACAAAUCACUGCUGUGGGUGUUUCUGAAGCAGGAACCAUUGGAUCUCCCAGCCGGAUCCCCUCGCUGACCAGGAAAGCAUUUUAAAUAGACUUAAGCCUCAUGUUACCACGGUGUAGCCUAUAUAACUUUAUGCCCUCAGCGAGCUUGUCAAGUAGCAGGUCUCGUUAGCUCCGAGUGCCAAAACAUAUCCGUUUACCAAACUGUAACACUAUCAGCUGGGGCGCCUUCCCCUGGAAAAGGAUAAGGGGUGUCUUGUACAGUACCUAUAAACAUGGCCAUGUUUUCCAACCAGCUCAACUCUUAAAAACAUCACAUCACCUCUCCUCUUCCCUCCACCCCCCAAAAGUUAGUCUUAAAUCUCCUUACACCCUUAGUUGAUUAUUCGGGUAUACUGUUUGCCUCCAGCCCUUUUUUUUUUUUUCCCCUGCAUGAUUAUUCAUAGUCUUUCCAAUGUGUGUGGGUAAUGAAUAUAUCUAAAUCAUUAGCUUCCUGGGUUGGGGGUAAGUAAAGCUUAGUCCUGCCUAAAAUUUCUGCUUCCUUUCACAUUUGUGUCCAAUGCUUAUGCAAAGAGAUGUCCGUUCACCUAAGGCAAGAGUGCGACUUCUGAAAUGGCCGUGAGGUGGGUCAUGCAUGUUUUCAACACCCCACAGUUAGAGUGAAGUCAUUUUAAGGGUUAACCCUGGCUGCAGUCCCACCACCCCUUUCGAGAAUACCAUGUAUACCUCAUGGACUGUGUACUUUGUACAUACCUUACUGUUUGGGGUUUUGUUUUCUUGUUUUGUUGUACUUUGUUUGUCCUAAUAAGAGGUGUUGAAGAGCAAUUUAAUGUGAAUUAUUGUUGGCAAUACUAACUUGACAGAAUCAUGAGCAUUAAGAGCAGAGCGCUCCAGCUCUCCAUUGCACUAAACCUCUCAUGAUUGCUUGACAUUUGUAUCUGUGAUACAGUUUAACCCUUCUAUGAAAAACAGUACAUUUGUAUAUAUUGGUGGAAAAUUCUGCCAGAAAAGCUAAAAACACUAUGUCCAAUUUGUACAUAUGUAUAUGUCUGUGGAAACCUGGAUGAUAAAGUCUGACUUGUAGAAAGUUUUAAUAAACUUGGUUUCAUAAUGUUUGUCCCCA